AUGGCCAUCACGCCCACGAUCCCCGCCCGCCUCGCGCGCACCGUCACGUCGCACGCCGAGGCCCGCACCCGCGUCAUCCGCGCCUACCGCGCCUGGUACCGGUCCGCCCCCGAGAUCUGCGCGCUCUACGCCCUCAACGUCUCCCCCUCGGCUGUCCGCCUCAAGAUUCGCCAGGACUUUGAGCGCAACCGCAAGAUUGACGACCUUAACAUCAUCAACGUCCUUCUCCACAAGAACCAGCAGGAGUACCAGGAGACCAUGAACUGCUGGAAGCAGGAGGUGGUUGACGGCACCUCGGCCCUUGUCACCCGAACGACGACGCCUUCUGUGCUGCUCCUCGAACUACCCGCUCCACACGACGUUCUUCUCGAUAAACAAGCGGCCCGCUCCUCCGAUGUCAUCCCGGAGAGCGCCCGGUGUUGCUCCUUUCUGCCCUUCCGUCACAGCUACAUUUGUGAGGCGCAAGCUGACACCCAGCCCCACCUCAUGCACUGGUUCCGCAAGUACGAGGAGCCCGCCAAGCCCGUCGCGUUCCUCGACAAGUUCUACGCCGGACGCGACGACCCGAAGCAGGUCAACUCGUUCUAA